AUGGCAUCGACACCUACCAACGAAAGCGGUCCCCGAUACCAUACCAAACGCUUCAAGGGAAAGGGUCUCGGGCUCGUCGCCGCCCGGGAUCUUCCAUCCGGAACUCGGAUCAUCUCCGAGUCUCCCAUCCUUCGUACCGAUCGGAACCAAUGGGGAAAGAAUAUCGACAGCCUCAACGAGGCCAUUGCCAAGAAGGUCGAUGAGUUCAACAAGGCCGAGCAGAAAGCCUUCUUCUCGCUGCACAACAAUGUCCCUCACAACGAGAAAUUCAAGUAUUACAACAUCUGCAAGACCAACGCUCUCCCGCUCGAGCCCGGCUCUGGCAAUUACGGCGUUUUCAUCAAGGCGUCGAGGAUGAACCACUCGUGCAGGCCCAAUUGUCACAACUCCUGGGACCCUAACCAAGACAAGCUUCAUAUCCAUGUCAUGACGGACGUCAAACAGGGCGACGAGCUGACCUUGACAUAUCUUAAAGGCUUCCAGCCUAGUGCGGAGCGCAAGGAAAUUCUCCAGAGUAAGUUCCACUUCAAGUGCACUUGCGGCUUGUGCUCCCUCAAACAGACAGACCUCGAAAAGAUGGACGGAUCGUUGAGCCAGCUGUCGAAACUUGAGAAGACGGUAGAUUCCGAGUUUGAUGACUGCAAGACACCCUCCAAGGCCAGCGACAAUCUCUGGCGUCUUUGCAAAAUGGUCAAACUGUGCAUUGCCGAACAAAUCUUGGGCUUUCACUUUUACCGACUGACUCUCCGGGCGUCCGAGCUCGUUUACAUCCACGGCGAUGCCGCCCGGGCGAGGGCGUUUGCCAAGCGGGCCCAUGAUAUUGCUCUUACUUGCGAGGGCUGGAACAGUGUCUCGGCUGCCAAAGCCAUGGAAGUCAUGCGAGACCCGGCUCGCGUAUGGCCACCCAGUCUCACCAGCGAGUGGGAGACUGGCCGCUACCACAUCCCGCUCGGCCUCACGAGGACCCAGUACGAAGACUGGCUUUGGCGAGCCGAAUCUUUUCUCGUUCCAUCCAUUGCGGAUCGCCAUGCUCUCGUUGCCAAUCUCCGAUCUACUGAGUACUUCCCGUCCUACCAGCAGCUUCCGAAGGAAGGCCAUUCCGAUCCCGCCUUCUAUGGCUCUGACAACGCCGUAAGCCCCUCCAGCAAGCAUUGGUGUCUUCUCGCCCAAAUCGAGGGUGUCCAAGAUACCGCUGAACGGGUCAACAUCGAAGUCAAGGAUCGCUUCGGCAACCGAUGCCUAGUUGCCCUUUUUUAUGACCACUCCCUCUACCCUGAGAAUUUGACUCCCGGCAAAGUGCUAGUGCCUGGUGAAACCCUUGCCGUCCUUUAUGCACAGAUCCAUGAAACCAAGAUCAUUUAUGUUGAUUCUUCCUACCGAUUCAAGAGAUUCCGAACGUCUCUUACCGGCCUCUACGAGCUUGGAGAUGUGCUCUUGCAGUACUACACCCCCAGGGAAGAAACGAUGAAGUGUCAUGGAUGCGACAAGGAAUUGAGUCGCGAAUUCCCCAAGAAAUGCGCCAGGUGCCAUGUGUUCUGGUACUGUGACAAGGCAUGUCAAACCGUAGGCUGGAACAAGGGGCACAAACACCAUUGCAAGAUUCUGGAGGACCCCGAGGUCAUGAAGUUGUUCUUGUUUGAGUGGCACAUGUUCAGGACUUGGAUCCCAUUCCCGCUACAAAAGUCAUUGUACGACCCCGGAAGCGGUCUCGGCCUGUGA